GCUCCACGCACGCUGCUAGCGCUGCUCCUCCACGCAUGCGCAUGCGCUGCCUCCCGCCCGCACCGCUUCCCCAGCCGGCCGCGACCGCACACGAGCCAUGGAGGGCUUCGACACCAUCACCAUGUCCUACUUGGCGGGCCCAAUGUCACUCCAGAACGUAACCAGCGCAGACCAACAGCUCUCGGUGCCGAUGCUCCCGCUCGACUCGCUGGACCAGCGCUCUAAUUACGACGCUGAGACCUUCGUUGGCAGCGAGGACGCAUUCGGCCAGCACCACAUCCAGCCUCCGCCGCCGCUGAAGCGCUUCUCGAGCGCGUACGAAGAUCCCUUUUCCGACGUCCUUAGCGGCUACGACCAGCCCCUCCACGCCGACCACAAUGGCGCGCCCGAAAGCCCCAGCAUCGAGCGCGACAACAAGCUGCUCAGCUUCUCGCUGCCCAACGUCCCGUACCCGCUGCUCAACUAUGCCAUGCAGCGCGUUACCAUAUCCAUGUCCGCCCAGCUCCACGGCAUGUUCUUCCUUGCCGAGUCGCCCUGGGCCUCCGCCGGCGAUGUUGCAGCCGCCCCGACCGAGCUCACCUGCUACCGGCGAAAUCUCUUCCAGAUUACAGGAACCAUCACGCUACCGCGAAGUCUGCAGUUCCUCAUGACCGAGCAGGGCGAUCAAAUCCCCAUCCUCGGCCAGGAGCUUACCAUAUCCGCCACUGAGUCGCUCGAGGGCAACCCAGUGAAGAUCAUAUCGGUGCCAUGGAAGACGCCAGCGAGCAGCACGGCUGUUGUCGAGGAUAAAACGGAGAAAGAGCCGCCCUCGUACCCGCUCGACCUCUCCACCGGCCAGGAUAUGGACUCGGACUAUGUUAAUUUCCCCAUCAGCUGGAAGAGGCUGCAGUUCCGGAUAGCGACUGCGAACAACGGGCGCAGGAAGGAGCUACAGCAGCACUUCGUCGUGCGGCUCAAGGUCGUGGCCACGCUCGCGACUGGAGCCAAAGUGCCAGUAUGCGAAGUGCAUUCUGGAGCCAUCAUUGUACGAGGACGGAGUCCCAGGAACUUCCAGUCUCGUAAAGAUAUGCCCAUCAGCGGAGGUGGCGGAUCCAUCCGCAAAUCUCACCCUCCGCAUCAGCCAACCAGAACCUCGACGGGUGAUACGAAUCAGACGAACCACAGCAAUACCCACGCUCACCCUACGCCGACCAGCAAGCCCAUGGAUUCGCUACAGCUGCCCUUCGACUUCAACCCGAACGAUCCUCUGAUCUCCCCUGACUUCAGCCUGGAUUGGAAGAUGCCCGGCGCCAUGACCGCCAUACCGCCAGAUCCGCCAUCCGCCCAGAUGCCGCCCGUCACGCCAUAUGCUCAAUCGACUCCCGAGAUCUCAAGAAACUCGGCACCACCACCACGAUCGAACAUGGCUCCCGUCUCGCUGUCGUUGACUGACGACGAGCCAAAGAAGUCCGCAUCUCCGUCAGAGCAUAAGAGCAAGCGAGCAACUCCAGCAAGACCGCCUUCGUUCUCCGUGAACCUCAUCAGCAGCCCCGACGAGAGCGCCGAUCUGCUGUACGAAUAUUUCCCGCUUGGUCUUGAUGACUGGAUGCCACCCGUCGACGCCGUCUACCGCCCACACGUCGUCCACCACACGAACCUCCCGCAAGAUCCGAAGGCGCUUGCCGUAAAGAACAAAUCGAAACGCUACUUUUCCGAUGUUUGGUGACAAUUCCUUUCUCGCUCAGAUACCCCAUUUCUUUUUCGUUUGGAGCGUUCUCGGCAAGGCCGUCACGACCGUACAAUGAUUUUCGGACGAUUUACGACUGCAGCUUGGUUUGGUUGGUAGCUUGCAGCUUGGGCCAGUGGUCUAGCCAU